UUAAUUUUCCAAAUGUGAACAGGAGGGGUUAACAUGGAUUCAUGUAAAAUGUACGAGUAUGUGACGAUGAAAAUGUAUAGAGAUGGGCUCAGCUGAAAAGUCCAAUUUAAAUGUGGUGUGUUUUCUAAAGGUAGGUAGGACAGGUAAGCUACAGACUGCACUGUGUGCUGUGAACAAACAUAGGCCUAUCCUACCACAGUGGGCUAGGUAUCUCAACAGCCAGGAGCGCAAAAGUGUCAGUGCGCCUCGUCUCAGUUUUUGGAAACUACUCUGUGGUGCGUGAGAGAACAGCUUGGAGCUUAACAUUUCAUAAGUCUGGUGGUUUCAAAACUGUCGUCUCCCUGAUCAUAGAGGAUAUAUUUUGUUAGACUAUGUGUGUAGUCUCAGCCAAACGAAAAGGUUCCGGUCAACAACGUUAACAACUUUCAAGUCGGGAAUACAGCACUGCAACAGCGUGGAAGGUAUUUCUCAUAGAUGUUCACUCAAUUGGAAAGAGGCCUACAGCUAGAGACGACCAAACUUAAUUCUCUUAAACUCGAAUUGGAGGAGGAGAUUGACGUAGAGAGUCUUGACGGAUGUCUGCCCGAGGUUCUGCACGGCGGCGCGGAGAAAGGAGCGAACGAGUCGGCGGUACACCAGACGGCGACGCCGCGCAAAAUUACCCGAAGCCCCAAAUGCGCCCGCUGUCGGAACCACGGCGUGGUGUCUUGCCUCAAAGGCCACAAGCGCUUCUGUCGUUGGCGUGACUGCCAGUGCGCGAACUGUCUGCUGGUGGUGGAGAGGCAGCGGGUGAUGGCUGCACAAGUUGCCCUGCGGAGACAGCAGUCGACAGAGGGUAAGAAAGGGGUGAAGGGAGCUGCACCAUUCCGUCGCACUGCUUAUCAGCGCUACACCAGAGCCCCUAGCAUCUUAGCGAAGAGUAUCCUAGAGGGUUACAAACCCCUAGCGGUGGAGGACGGGCCCUGGGCCAAGCGAGGCCACUCCCCAUCGGUCAGUGCCAGGAUGAGGAAGAGAAGGGCGUUUGCUGAUAAGGAACUGGAUAGUGUGAUGCUGGAGAGAGAGCUGAGACAGAGAGAGCUGUCAGGUUUCACCCUGUUUCACCACGCGGCCCUGGCAGGGAUGCCCGCCUCCCCGCUCAAUGACCCCAGGGCGGCCGCCUACGUGCCCGCGUACAAAUACAAACCAGGUCCUUUGCUGUACGAGUGUGACCUCCGCUGUCACCAGGAAGAGCUCAACGCCAGAUCGACUGAUAGCAGUUAUGAUUACGGUCAGUUCAUCUCACAGUGUAAAGCUAACUCUGGGGUUCUGGAAAACCCGGAGGGAGCUAGGGAGAGAGCACUGGAGAGUUGGGAUUGCUCGGGAAAGAGGGAGACAUAUCACAAGCCGUUACUCGUGCCCUUACUACAACUCCAACAGUGGGGCGGUAGUUACUCAGAAAGGUCUGCUGAUUUGGAUACGUUGGAGGCUGGGCCAAAAACUGUCAAAUACGAUCCAACAGCCAUCAUGCCAAAAAUAGCCCUCACACACUCUGACUCUCGUUUAGAAGCUGGGCAUUUGUUUCCGGGAGCGCAAGAACCCUUCAGAUGCUGCGGGUUCCCAGAGCCUGACCUCUUCUCACAGAAGGACAUGUCAGCAGGGGGGAGUAGCCAUCUCGACAGACUUCACGUAAACUCAGUGAAGCCCGCAGUAGCAAGGCGGCCACUACCGUUCUCAGUGGAGUCACUGCUAAGGGCCUGAGGACCUCAUGUUCAAAAGUAUGUCUUCUAUAACCACACUGGUUCCUCUGAAAUCUCUAACUGGUGAUAUACAGUAUUUAAAAAAAUAAGUGUACUCAAACCUAUUUGAAGCUUAGUUUUUCUCAACAUUUAUUGUAAGCAUUGUAAGAUAUUGCAGUUUUAAGCCCGCAGUACAGUACAUACACCCAUGGCAAUUAUAGUUAGUGUGCCCAUAUUAUAAUCUGCAGACAUGUUGUAAAUGUAAACAACAAUAUGUUGCUAACCCAAAAUCAUGAUACAUUUUCUUUUCUUAUUUCUAACGUGACCACUAUUAAAUUUGUUUAUACUGUGUUAUUAUAAAUAACUUACAAUUCAAUACUUUGGCUAAUGUAAAUGUAAAACCAGGCCAAACAAUAUCAUAUUAAAUGAUUCAGAUGAUACAUUUGUUUUCACAUGUUACAUUUCUUUGAAAAAGUAAAAAUGUAGACCUCUGUGACUGAACUACUGCCCAAAAUGUUAAUAUGUGGAAUCAUAACGUCUUAACUGCCAGCUGCUGACCUUGAUCUCAGGAAUAACACAGUCAAAAGAAACAUUGUGGGGUUCAAAAAUCCCUUGAAUUCUGUUAUAUGCUGUACAGUGCCAAUGAAAACAGUUUUAAAGCUAAUUAUCUGGACAGUAUAAAUAGA